GGACAACUUAUUUGUAGUGAUUGUUCCAUCAUUUGAAUCAGAUUAUUGGCAAGACACCGAUGAUAUAUCUCAAUAGAGUUGUGGAAGGUUGUUUUGCUAACAUAGCUGCGAAACUUGAAUCCAUGGAGCCUAGUAGAAGUGUCAAGGACAGAAUUGCCUAUAGUAUGAUAUCUGAUGCUGAAGCAAGUGGGGCAAUUUCUCCUGGAAAGAGCAUAUUGGUAGAAGCAACAAGUGGAAAUACAGGAGUUGGUAUUGCUUUUAUUGCGGCAGCUAGGGGAUACAAGCUCAUAUUAACGUUACCUGCGUCUAUAAGUGUUGAAAGGCGAGUUCUUCUUCGUGCUUUUGGAGCGGAGCUUGUUUUGACAGAUCCAAUGAAGGGAUUGAAAGGAGCAGUUGAUAAAGCUGCAGAAAUUGUUCGGAAAACACCAAAUGCAUUUAUGCUUCAACAGUUUGAGAAUCCAGCAAAUGUCAAGAUCCAUUUUGAGACAACAGGACCAGAAAUAUGGGAGGAUACCAUGGGCAGCAUUGAUAUAUUUGUGGCAGGAAUUGGAACGGGUGGUACCAUCACAGGAGUUGGGCAGUAUUUGAAAAUGAUGAAUGACAAAAUCAAGGUAGUUGGGGUAGAACCAGCUGAAAGCAGCAUUAUUUCUGGUGAAAACCCAGGAUAUAUUCCAAGCAUAUUGGAUGUUAAAGUUCUUGAUGAAGUUAUAAAGAUUACCAAUGAAGAAGCAGUUGAGAUGGCAAGAUCACUGGCACUGAAAGAAGGUUUACUGGUAGGUAUAUCUUCAGGAGCUGCUGCUGCUGCUGCCAUCAAUGUAGCGAGGAGACCUGAAAAUGCAGGAAAGUUAAUCACGGUUGUAUUUCCCAGUUUUGGAGAGAGAUACAUACCUACAACUCUUUUCAAGUCAAUCAAGGAAGAGGUUGAGAAAAUGGGACAGAAAUCAUGAUUAAUUCCUCUUGCUCACGCUCCAAAAAGAUAAUUCCUUGGGGAAACCCAUGACAUUUUGUAGCAGAUGGAAGAAGCAUGCUUCUAUUGCUGGAAUUCGACUUUGCGCCCUGCAUCCUAAGAUGGGUUUUCAUGAAAAUAUUUGCAGGUAAAAAUUAGCAGGUGAUUGGAGGCCAUUGAAAUUUUAUUAAAAAUAUGGCUGAAGCCAAUAUUGGUAAAUUGAAGUGGAAGAAGAAGAGGUUCACUGAAAGGUCGAAUUGUGACCUUAGAAAUUUGACCUUAGAAAUUUAAAGUUCACUUCCAGAUGUUGUGAAGUGUUAAUGGGUAAAUCAAUUCAUUUUCACAAUCUUUGUAGAAGCUCGCCCAAGUGGUUUCUGCUUAUAGCCAUACUAUCUUUUACUGUGGCAAAUCAAUCCUCAAGAUUUUUGC